CGCUGAGGACCAGUGGAACAGUGAGAGCCAGCAGACUCUGAGAGUUCUCUGCUCACGUUCUUGCUAGUCGUCGUCAACAACGGCGACCAGCAUCGCUAUCAUACUACCCAGCAACGGUCGAUAGGUAUCAGGAUCUGGUCUACGUGUCUCUUUUCUUUGUUCUUUACCCCCGUGUUCCUUUUUUUUGAGUUCCACAGUGUCGUUUACGUGUUUCUCUCACUCAUUCUUGGUCUUCCUCUGGAAUGUCGGCCACGUCUGAGCUUUUAGAGGGCCAACGUGAGCACGAACUUCACCUUCCGUUUACUACCCAAGGAGGCGACAAGAAAAUUGCGGACGAGGACGAUGGCCUAGAUGUGCACCAAGUUCAUCACACACAGCCUAGGCUUCAUAUCUCAGCGGCGCCGCCUGAUGACGAAUUGUCACCGAUGGACACAAACGCCGAAAUCCCAUCGCGUUCAGGAUCAGUUUCGUCCUCCCUUGACCCGUACUAUUUUGGCAUUCAGACUCCAGCAGACUCGCCUGCACCACAGUUGCCAGAACCAGGAUUUCCUCCCAUGACACCUGAGACACGCAGCCCAAAUGAACCAGUUACGCCAGGGCGCGAUCCGGCCAACAUCGAUAGGAUGGGCCUCGUCGGUGUGGGCGAGCUAGCUACCCCAAGAUGGGGUAAAAUACAGAGGCAUACGCAUGACGAAGAUACAGAUGGCCAUGAUGAGCAGAGUCACGGAGAUGAUGUCCUCGAGGAGGAUGCCACCGAACUCGUCAUUGACGAGGUCGAUAAGGAUGGUCCCGAUAGCCCAUGGACCAUCGAGGCAGUGGAUGGCGAGUCAGACGGCAAGGAUGAGCCAGCGGACGUAAAACCUGUUACCCGUACUCUCCGCUCACGUAGAUCUAUGGCGGAUGAAAGUGGAGGCGAGGAAAUUCUGUAUCCCCGCAAGCCUUUCGGCUCUGAGUUGUUACAUCCCACUCAUUUACCUAAACACCCCCCUGCAUCUCCAGAAGAGCCACCCUCGCCACUUAUACCACCACUCCCUACUGAGCAGCCAUUCGUCGGUGGUCCAGUGGUUGCAUCUCCUCCUCCUAGCGCUUUUACUUCUCAGCGUAAGGCUAAGAAGCGCACGUCGGACGAAUUUGAGAUGGACCACACAGGUUCUCUCGUCUCCAAGUUGUCGGGUGCUCCAAAAGACCGCACCAGCUCAACAGCCAGAGACAAGGAUGAGAAAUCUGCGUCGACGCGCAAGCAUCGUAGCAUUGGGUCCAGUGUUUCUGGAAGUACCUCCCGCGAUCGUGCCCGGCGCCGGGAAAGUCUCGCCGUUAGUACAUCAAGCAAACCUUCUGGUGCACCGCCUCCGAUGGAUGCUGCUCCCGUGCGUUUAGAAAGGGAGAAACACACACGUCAGCUUUCCGCUGGAUCUUCGUCGUCAAGUCAUGAAGCUGCCCUUCACGCACACUCUCGGCGUGUGCAUACCACAGAUUUUUCCCACCUUCCCCCCUCUCCUUCGACAACCUCUAUUCAACAUAUUCUCCGGCACGCUGGCAGUGCCACCAGUACUACUAAUCCGCCUUUGCGCCCAUCAUCAUCCCACAAGGAUAUAGCACAACCUCAAGGCCAACCGCUAGCUCACUCUUCCCCUAGUGUUGCACACUCGCUUCUCCGCGGGACGCAGGAAGGAUGGUCGGGUUUAGAUGAUGAUGCCCACGCUGAUGCCCUGCGUAAGCUUGACGGACUGUCGAUGAAGACCGCACGCGCACGUGCAAGCGUUGGGAGUUUUGGCAGGCCUUCAAGUAUGAGUCGCCCUGGAACACCCGCUGGUGCUACUAGCAGAUCUGGGGUGCACUGGGAGGGCGUCAGCUCCGACGGUGGAGGCAAAAUUUCUCGCCGGGGCAGUACUAAGGACAGGGAGAGAAAGGAGGAACUUUCUCAGCGUCAGCCUAUUGGCCUUGGUAUUUCUCUUUCUGGGGACAAUUCGCAGGAGCAUUCCGAAGUCCGAGGUGGUGGGAUUAUCAGCAGUGACGAGCAUGCAUAUAGCUCAUCUGGCGUUGAAAAAACUCCAAAAAAGCCGGGUUCCAUGAGUACACGCUUGAGUUUUACUCCAAAGCGUGGGUCUGCGUCAUCCACUACAUAUACUACCACCCCGACCAGUUCGCGUGAUUCCGCAUCUAUGUCAACGGCCACCAGCGUGACUUCAGUAUCUGGCCCCUCCGCCUCUGGUCGUCAUUCGACUGCGCGGGGUAGCGAUAUUUCCAGUGCAUACUCAGGUGGUGAUGUGGCUGCGUUUAAGGACCGUCAACCUUCCUUCGCUGCCAGUGGUGAAGCUCUGGAAGAAGAUCGGGUACCUCCCGUCCCACCGUUACCCAAGGACUUAUCUACUUAUCGUUCCCCUCCCCAAUCCUCACAUGGGAUUGCAUUCCCCCCUUCUAGCGCUGAUGAGAGCGACAUCGACCGCACUAUGUCAUUAGAGGUUCCCCCUGGCUCUUCGAAGCCACAUUCGCACGCCCAAUACUUGCAAUCGUCUGCGAAUCACGGAAGCUGCUCCGCUCCCGAGUCUGCUCCUUCAAUCACCAAGACACCCUCAAAGAAGUGGAGCUUCUCAAAUGCACUCAAUAUCAAGCUCACUCCAUCAAUGUCGUCGAUGAGGGGGAAAGUUUCGCCGUCGAGCAAGUCUUCGGGUUUCCCUCUCAGUCCCCGAUCGGUGCAGACGUUCGGGCAACAGUUGCGGAAGUCGGGAUCGAGGGAACAAGCACUUUCUCCUCCCAUCGCUCCUGGUGCUUCUUGGUCUCCUGGUCAUCCAGAUGCGAUGGCAUCUGCUGCAUCCCUCGCAUCCAUGUCUUCUGUCGGAUCUACUCGUACUCCGAAGUCCCCCGCUGUCUUAUCUGGCAAGGCUCCUAGCCGCGCUGGAACAGCUUCCAGUGCCAGCCAUCACACGACGUCCGCACUGUCCGCUGCUCAUAAUGCCCCGCUUAGCCCCUCGUCGAUGCGGCGUCACCAAUCUAAACGUCUCACGCCAUCAUCCAUACCAUUCUUCCGUCGCUCGUCCUCUCAAAGCAUGCAGAUACCCCCUUCAAACCCAGUUAUCAUGUCAGUAUCACCGACGCUAUCUUCAUCAGGCACUGGUGCUUCUGCCCAUCACGUUAAGGCAAGCCGCUCUCCAAACAAAGAAUCAAGUCGUGCCGUUCCGACUACUCCUGCCUCUUCACAAAAGAAAUCAUCCGUGCUUAGCCUUGGCCUGCCUUCGUUGUUGAAAUCUAGUUCGCGGAGAAGUCUGCAUGGGGAUAAGAGUGAUCCUGGCACUUCCAAGGAGAGCAAGGAAAGCGCGAGGUCCAAGGAUUCAGAGAAGGAGAAGUCGAAGCAAGACCAGAAGGAUCGUAGUGAAAGCAGGAUAUCUUUGUUGAUGGGGCGUAAGAGAGGCAAGACCCUAUCGUCCACAGAUCCCAAAAAGGGUGCUUCUGCUAUUGCUUUACCACCCAUGCAGAUGUCCGCAUUACCUGCUACCACUGCUCAGCGUGUUGCGAAUUUAAAGAACAGUUCCUCGGCGUCUACCCCUGCAUCUACCAUUACUCGGACACCAUCCACAUCACGUGUGACCUCACAGACUGUAAGCUCAAUGCAAAAGCAUUCAGAUGCUUCACUGCGGAGUCGAAACCAACCGCUACCCACAAUCGCCGGGUCGCCAUCAGUUGGAACCACUGGGUAUAGCGUGACAAAGGAGUCAAAGGAUUACCCGCCGUCAGUGCUACUGAACUCGAUAGGUGGCAUGUCAAAGGAAACGCCGACCAAGAUUCCUCGCAUUUCGAGCCGCACCUCAGCUGCAGGAUCUCCAGGACUUGGAGGUGCAACUGUAUCCAGUCGUCGCAUCAGCCUUAAUGUCACCGCGCCUUCGACGGACCCUUCACCCACGCCUGCCGAUCCCACGAUGAACGAGUUUGGUGUUCUGGAGAAUGGUGACGCACAAGUUGCGAAAGCAUCGGGCGAAACGACAACGACAAGGCGACUCUCUGUCCGAGCUUCUCCUUCAAUCAAUUCCCGAGUUCCAAGGCAGGUCUCUGGGCCUCCAUCCUCUGGCGGCAUCCCUCGAAAGUCCAAUCGUGAUUCGGUCUCCUUCAGCACUCUACGUAAAGCGUCCACGGGCUCUGUGGCCUCUACUACCUCGGUGGCUCCUCCCAGCGAAACAACGCAUUCGCAUAGGUUUUCUGCUUUGUCUCCAUCAAAAGGUUUGAAAUUGCUUAGCCCCAAGAUUUCUCUCUCCACACGUUCUUCAAACAACAAUUCAACGUCUAACGUACACCGGGCUCAAGCAGGGACUCCUGCCUCAAGUCGUCAGUCUCUAUCGACUCCUUCUCCAGUCCCUAGCACCAUUGAUGAAGAGGAACUCCUUGGCGAUGAAGAAAUGAUGCAAUACAUCAGGCGGCAACAGACUAAGAAGAUGGCACACGGGGCAUCGCAAGCUGAAUUGGACGAUCUGCUCAAGUUUCCAGAACCAAUACCACCAAGCCCUGGAUCGACGCCUCAGGAGGUGUUAAAUUCUUCCCAGGCUCAGUUCCUGUCCGAUUAUGAGAAGGAAGAGAUUCUCAACUAUCCCCAGGUUUACUGCAUAGGUUCUGGGAGUCCGAAGAAGAAGGCCCAUCCAGAGAUUGUUGUCAACAAUUUCGGCUACGAUGAUGAACGUGGCGAUUACCAAGUAGUCAACGGCGACCAUCUCGCUUUCCGUUACGAAAUCAUGGAUACCUUAGGCAAGGGCUCGUUCGGUCAAGUGCUGAACUGUAGAGAUCACCAGACAGGCGAAUCUGUUGCGAUUAAGAUCAUCCGCAAUAAAAAGCGUUUCCAUCACCAAGCACUGGUGGAGAUAAAGAUCCUAGACAAUCUUCGUAAAUGGGACCACGAAGAGAAGCACCAUGUCAUUAAGAUGACCGAGCACUUCUACUUCCGCAACCACCUCUGCAUUGCCAUGGAACUACUCAGCAUCAAUUUGUACGAAUUGAUCAAAGCAAACGGUUUUGUUGGAUUCACAACCGCUUUGAUACGACGCUUCACGAGCCAGAUGAUAUUGUCUCUGUGCUUGAUGCGGCAUCAUCGCAUAGUGCAUUGCGAUCUCAAGCCAGAGAACGUCUUAUUGCGACACCCUGCGAAGAGUGCUAUCAAGGUCAUAGACUUCGGCAGUAGUUGCUUAGAGCACGAGAAGAUCUAUACUUAUAUCCAGAGUCGUUUCUAUCGGUCGCCUGAAGUUAUCCUGGGCAUGAACUAUCACAUGGCUAUUGACAUGUGGAGUUUGGGUUGUAUCCUCGCCGAGCUCUAUACGGGAUUCCCCAUCUUCCCUGGUGAAAACGAGCAGGAGCAAUUGUCUUGUAUCAUGGAGGUCUUGGGGCCCCCAGAUAAGGACUUCAUCAAUCGUAGCUCCCGAAAGCGACUCUUCUUCGAUAACAAUGGCGCACCCCGACCCGUGGUGAAUUCUAAAGGUCGUCGUAGACGACCAGGCACAAAAACACUUGCCCAAGUUCUGCGGUGUCAAGACGAUGACUUUGUUGACUUCAUUGCGCGGUGCCUUGUAUGGGAUCCUGAGCGAAGGAUGAAACCUCAAGCAGCGUUGCAACAUAACUUCCUCCGUGCAGGACUCGCUGAGACACCCAAGAAGUCGCAGAUUAGUGCUCCCACUCCGUUGACCGCCAGGACUUCACGAACGACCACGAACGGAGUACCCUCUACUCCAAAUACGACUACUGUAGGAUCAUCAUCUCGGACGUACCGAUCCGGCCAGUCACAUGGCCUUUCCUCCCAAUAUUCCAACCGGACACUCAGUGGGUUCGCAGUGAGUCGUCAAUCCUCAUCGGAAAUGCCGUUCGAACAAGAGCUUAUGGGCUGGCUGCAGACAACAGCCUCUUUGAAAUGAACGACGAUGUACACUUGACGCAAACACCUUUUUUUCGCUGUGCUUUCUAAUACUUACUCCUUGGGGAAUUUUGCUAGUUGCUAGAGUCUUACCUACAACAACAAGCUGGCCUUCCUUCUUCAUACCCGGUCUGCUGUAUUUUACCCCUACUUGUCAUUUGCAUGUUAUCCCAUAGGUUUUCUGCAUAUCAUCAUAAUGCUCGCAUCACUCAAUAUAGUUUUCUGCUUGUCC